UUUAUAUCGUUACUCUUCAAUUACUCUCCGGACCGUCGAAGCCCUUGUAGUGACCAGGGUCGACGAUCUUUGAUAAUAUAUUAUCGGUGCCAUAACACAUGCUCAACCAAUCAGAAACAAGUAAUCAGCAGUUUCUUUCUCCUUCAUUUUCCCUCCAAAUGGACGCAAGUUUGUACACGUCAUGUGUAUAAAUAUUUGAAAGAUUGCAAGUUCGUCCGAAUGAAGACAGAAAUCUGAUAAGGAUAUUCGGGAGGCAUUUUCUGUCGGGAGACAGGAACCCCGCGUAGGGGCAGGGGUAAUCUCGCGUGUAGUGCUGGCUCAUCGUUGGUCCGCGGAUGAUUUGGGUAGAUGCGCUUCGGUUGCCGUCCCAAUCGACGGCUUUGACGACGAUCGCAUCGGUGCUGUAUUUAAACAGACGCGAUGUCCACCAAGAGCUCGUCUCCCGCCAAGGUCUGUUCCUUUUGUAAUCUGUCAGAUGACAACGAAUUGGAAUAUGGAAAGAUCUACGAGCACAAUGGGAUCGUCACGCAUUACUACUGUUUGCUCUUAUCCUCGAAUAUGGAACAGAAGGGGAAGGAUGAUGAGGGAAUACUCGGAUUUCUAACAGAAGAUAUACAAAAGGAACUUCGCAGGGGAAAGAGAUUGGUAUGCUCAUACUGCAAAAAGAUUGGUGCUACCUUAGGUUGUUGUAAUGUAAGAUGCAAACGGAUCUUUCACUUCCCCUGUGGUUUGAAGGCAGGAUCCUUGCAUCAGUUUUUUGGUGAAUUCAGAUCAUAUUGCAUAAAUCAUAGACCAAAACAAAAAAUCGAUGAUAAAAUUUUGAAACAGAUUUGUUCAGUAGAUAAUGUAUUAUGUUACAUUUGUUAUGAUAAAGUUAAUACGGAUGAUUUUAUAAAAACAUUAUGGGCUCCCUGUUGUAAAAAAGAUGCAUGGUUUCAUCGCAAUUGUGUUCAGCAACUUGCAUCAAGUGCAGGAUAUUUUUUCAAGUGUCCUUUAUGUAAUAAUAAGAAAGAUUUUCAGAAAGCUAUGCUUGAGUAUGGCAUUUUUGUACCGAGCCAAGAUGCUUCAUGGGAAUUAGUACCGAAUGCAUUUGAAGAACUUUUAUAUAGGCACAAUCAAUGUGAUGCAGUGAAAUGUCUUUGUCCAAAAGGAAGGAAAUAUACAAGUAAUAAUGCUAAAUGGGAAUUGUCAUUAUGUCGGACUUGCGGUUCGCAAGGUAUUCAUAUGGCUUGUGGACAAUUAAAAUGGGCCAAUCCGGUGUGGGAAUGCGACGAAUGUACUUCCAUAUUACGUAACGCUCAAAAUAACGAAUAUGCAAAAUUGGCUUCUAUAAUAGAUGGUUCUGGUAGAGAUUCUGAUCCAGAUUUAGAUUCGGAUUCAAAUUCAGAUUCAGAUUUAGACAGUGAUACGGAUAUUUCUGUGGGAACUGAAUUCCCUAUGUCGUGUCCAUUGCCUACUUUUAAUUCAAGUUCCACUUCUUCGAAGAUCAAUCUGGACGAAUCUGUUUUAUUACGACCUGGACCACGAUCUUUUAAAUUACAGCAGCAAAUAAACAAGCUAAGAUUGGAAUUGACUAAUGCCAAGAAGAACAUAACUAUCGAAACUAAUCUAGAAGAUACACAAAACAAAUCGUCUAAUAAUGACAAUGAGAAGAAAGAACCGUCGACCAGUAAAGAAAAUACUCCUCAACAAAAAUGUAAAGAAAAUAUUCUUCAACAAAAAAGUAAAAAUAGCUCUUCGGAAGAAGAUAAGUUGUCUAAUAACAACGAAAAAUCUCAACUGACUCGACAGGAGACAGAUGUUAUUAUCACAAUUGAAAGCGAUGACGAUGAAGUGGAGUUUAUCACGUUACAACAAAAAAAAGAUCUUUCAUCUUCAUCUUUAGUACAGCAAUCAGACGACUCACCUAUUCUAUGCACAUCACCAUCAAAACAAUUGUUAAAAACAUCGUUAGAUGAUUCUGCAAUAUUUAAAAAUCAAAAUACAGCGAUUACUAAUUUAUCGAAAAAUAAUAUUCAAUCAAAUUCAGAAUCAGAGACGUCGAAUAAAAAUAAAUCUAUUGUCUUAAAUGAAUCUGAUGUAGGGGCGCCACGAGAAUCCACGAUAGAUUUGUUUAGUUCGAAUAGUAACGAUUUGGAAGAAAUGAACGCGAUAGAUACAAACGAAAUGCCUGUGAUGAAUAUCAAAAUUACUAAUGUUACUUCUCUUCCACCUGAAGUGUUCGAGAGUGUACCUGAUAUUGUAUGUGUGAACACUGCUUCAUGUAAAGAUACUACUAACAUUUCAUCUCUUUCCACGAAUAAAACGUUGGAGCAAUUUGUUACGUCUUCAUCUACAAAACGUAGUAUGCACGAAGAAGCAAAUGACGUGACUAACAAUUGCAAGAAAAUCAAGGGAAAUAAUUUUGACAAAGGAAUGCAAACUGGUGCUGUAGCUUGUAAUGUUAUUGUCGCACCUAGUACGAACACACAACAGCAAAGCUCCACAUCAUUGCACAAGAUGGAUGAUGUAAGAAACACAAAUCGGACUGGAACAUGUUAUCUAAACGGGAACAAUACGAUCUUUAACAUACAACAGGGCAACGAAAAAGCACAGGGAAAUACAGCGAAAUAUAUAUCCUUUGUCAAAAACAAUCAACUUUAUAUGCAAUCACCAUCGACCGACAAAUUUUAUCUUCAACAAAUGUCAAACCCGAAUAUUGCGGUUGAUUCGAGUGCAGGAAAAGUUGAUAAUGGCAAUACAUGUGUUAUAUCCUCAAGUAGCAUCAACUUACCGCAAAUGACAGAUAGUACUACUGUGCUUAAUAAUCUUGAUAACCACAAUAUGUUUGUAAAUCAAUCAAAGAUGACUAAAGUAACUACGUCUGUGAAUAACAAUGAAACAAGAGUAUUGAAUGAGCAAGGAAUCGUUUUGACGGCGAAUUUAUCUGCUGGUACACCCAGUCUUGGCAAUAGUUCCUCAAGUUCCACCGCUCAUUGUGACGGGGAUGCAGGCACCAGUCCUGCGGAGAUUGCUUCUGAGAAGGACGACUCAACCAGUGACUCCCAUAGGAGUGUGGUCGGCGACCAGAAUAUUGCCUUCCAGAAUACAACCUAUAGCGUCUUCCCCCGAGUCACCAACAACCUCAACACCUGUCAUCAACCUAGAUUGAUAUCGCGUUACGUGAAUUUACACGACCUCAAAUUUCGAGUCAGCGAAUCAAAUAAUGUUCAGAUGAUCUUGUACGAUACAUUCUCUGUAAAUAUCCCGACGAAGAAUCCCAAAAAGAAUAAGAAUCAAUCGGCAGACAUAUCGAUAUCACGAGAGCUGAAACAAUCGUCUACCAUUGCGUCUCGUACGCGGGAUGAAGCUUCGUGCAGUUCGGAUUACGUCGACAGCACUUCGAUUGAAGAACAAUGUUUUGACAAGCUUCGCUUUUCGAAAAAUGAUAAUUUUUUAAUUAACGAUAAAAGCACGUGCGUCAAUUAUGUGGCGCGUGAUUGCGACGAUGCGAAAGAGAAUUUAGAUCCAAUUAAAUCCAAAAUGUUGCGUACCAAUAAUUUUGGGAAUGUAAAUUUAACGAACAGUAUUGAUGACACAGCGAGUACAAGUGACCAUUCCUGUGAUGAGAAUGACAGUGAGACAUGUCUCGUUUUUAGUGAUAAUUUAAGUGUAAAUCGAACAAUUUGUAAUACGAAUGUAGAUAAUGAUACGAAUGACGUAACACAUGUUUCGAAUGAUUGUCAGAGUUCGCAAGUCAAUUUAGAAAGCGUGCAACAGUAUAAACAAACAUAUGGACAUAGCGUAAUACCUGUGGAAGAGAGAUCCAGUGCUCGACUAUUUUGUAAAGAAACUAAUAGGAUAGUACACAGUGUUGAUUUUGAUUUGGACGUUGUUAAAAUGAAUAAAAAUGUUGAAAAAAUAUCGCAAGAUGAUGUCACUAUUUCGACAAAUCGACAUUCUGACGAUAAAAUCGACAACAAUCACACACACGAUUCUCCAACAUUGCAGAACGGUUAUAAACAUUUAGACAAUAUGCAUGUAAUGAGACCGAGAGUUAAUAACCGAGAAAUCUCGAACAUUACGAGAUUUAACGAACAUAGUAUUUUAAAUAAACAGAUUGAUACAUGCAAUAAAAAAUUUAUUCGAUAUACGGCAUUUCAGGAAAAUACCGUAUAUCAUAAUAAUGAGAUUAGUACAAAAUAUAACAAUGAUUCUGGCCUCAAAGUAAGUGUGGAUUUGUGUAAGAUACAAAAUCUGAUUGAUUCUAAGCCAGAAUUAUUUGUAAAUCGAGAUCAUGAUAUUAACAAUCAACGACGUAAGCGUACAAAUCGGUUAAAUGGGCGAGAAGAUUAUGCUCGACAACAGGUAAGAUAUUAUAAUAUUGAGAAGAGUGAUAUUGGCCAGUUCAAAAAUAAGGAAUUACAGAAAUCGAGUUACACAUAUAACGUCGAGCAUAUGCAGGUACGAGAUGGUCUUUCCGGUACAAGCACAUUUCAAUAUCAGAAGGUGAACCAAGGAAUUAGAUGUUUCGAUAAACAUAUAUUGGACAGGUAGAAUUAAUAUGUAGAAUAUUAUACAUAAAAAUAUAGACAAUAUAAAGCAGAAAAUGAAUCGUAUUUCUUGUGUGAUAAUUUUGUAGUUUACAUUUAUCUCUCAAUAGAGAGAAGCUCUUUAAAAAGAAUAAUUUUUCAAUAUAAGCCUGACAAAUACAAGAUAUAAAUUUAUUUUCUGCUAUAUUCCGUCUUUAAGUUGUAAUAUAGUUGCCAAAUUUUGCAUUCUAUUAUUCUUUGAUAUAAAAAUGUAAGAUUAUUUUCUACGUUAUACUGAUGUAAUAAAUUGAUUUUGUUUAUA